AUGACUUGUGUGCUGUUUCUGGGUUUGAACAAGGACUGCUCCGAAUCAGAGCUCAGGGACGCCUACAAGAAACUUGGCACUGAUCGUUGUUCGGCGACAUCGGGGAAUUCAAAGUCGGUAGAAGAAGCUAAGAACAAGUUCCAGCAAUCCAGCAGGCCUAUUUUGGAAAAAGGGGAGGAGAGCAAGGAGGAGCAGCAAGAGCUGUUUAAACAGAUGUUGGAGGCAGACAACAUAUCAGAAUCCGAAGGGACAGCAUGCUUUGCUUCUUUCUCGUUUCAAAAAAGAUAUCACUCUUCCGACUCUGAAAUCAUCAACAACGUUGGAAACUCCCAGCAAUCUCUUCACUUGCAUCAACGCCUUCAAUAA